AUGGUUUUAAAACGUAUGACCCAUGAUGACGUGCCCAACGGUUUUGAUGUUGAGCAUGUCAUCCAAAACGCAUCUGUCUCUGACAAAAUAUCUCUGCUCUCUGGCCGAGACUUUUGGCACUCGAACCCCCUCCCAGCAUUCAACGUUCUAUCGGUGCGUGUCAGCGAUGGGCCAAAUGGCGUACGAGGAACUAAAUUCAUCGACGGCGUACCUGCCGCCUGCUUGCCCUGCGGUACCGGUCUAGCAGCCACAUGGGACGAGGACCUUCUAUACAAAGCAGGCGAACUCAUAGGCAACGAAUGCAUAGCAAAGGGCGUCCACUGUUGGCUCGGCCCUACAGUCUGCAUACAGCGCUCUCCCCUCGGCGGUCGUGGCUUCGAGUCAAUGGCAGAGGACCCUUAUGCAACAGGCAAACUAGCUGCUGCUUACAUCAAUGGCGUACAGUCUACGGGCGUUGUGUCGGUUAUCAAGCAUUGGCUUGCAAAUGAUCAAGAACAUGAGAGAGUUGGUGUCAAUGUCGUUGCUAGUGAGCGCGCGUUGAGGGAGAUCCAUAUGCUUCCUUUCCAGAUUGCGCUGCACGACGCGGCGCCAGGCGGUGUCAUGGCUUGCUAUAAUAAAGUCAAUGGCAAGCAUGUUUCGGAAAACAAGGAUUUCCUUGAUUCGUUGCUUCGCGAAGAAUGGAAAUGGAAGGGUUUGAUCAUGAGCGACUGGUACGUAGCAAACCCUCUUACUGGCAAGCUACAGCCAAAGCUGACAGUUAUCGCUCGUUUCAGGUUCGGAACCUAUUCUACUACUGAAGCCGUCAAUGCAGGACUAGAUCUCGAGAUGCCGGGACCCACGAGACAACGCGGCCAGCUUCUCGACCUUGCUGUAUCAACGCGAAAGGUAUCCCGGUCAACUAUAGACACUCGAGCCCGAAACGUCCUCGAGUUCGUCCAAAGAUGUACAAAGGUUCCUGUUGCGGCUGAAGAAGCUGGACGCGACUUUCCGGAAGACAGGCUGCUAAAUCGAAAGCUCGCCAGUGACAGCGUUGUCUUACUAAAGAAUGAAGGCAACCAACUUCCUAUCAAACGACCCUUCAAAAGCAUUGCUUUGAUAGGACCGAAUUUGAAGACCACUUCGUUCUGUGGAGGCGGUUCUGCUUAUCUCCAGCCUUACUACACUGCUUCUCCUUACGAGGGGAUCGUAGCCCAACUGCCGCCUGGAGUCGAGGUACGAUACGAGGUUGGAGCGUCAGCACAUGGAUGGAACCCUCUCCUACAGGGCGAUAUGAUCACUACGCCGGAGGGGGCACCGGGUAUGCGAAUGCGAUUCUACAAUCACAGCCCGAGUGUACCCGAUCGUGAGAUCAUCGACGAGAGCCACCUGCCUGACUCAUCAUGGCAACUCAUGGGCUACUCGCAUCCGAAACUAGACAAACUGUUCUACGCAACUGUAGAAGGCGAUUUCGUCGUUCGAGAAUCAGGACCUUUUGAGUUUGGGCUCGCCGUCUAUGGCUCUGCGCGACUAUAUGUCGAUGGUCAGCUGUUGAUCGACAAUAGUCUCAUCCAACGAGGCGGGACAUUUUUCUUCGGCAAAGGGACGGUCGAGGAAAAGGCUCAGAUGCAACUUGUCCAAGGCCAAAAGUACCGAAUCACGGUCGAGUAUGAGAGCGCACCAUCUUCCAAGCUUGUCAAGCCAGGCGUGGUCAAUUUCGGCGGCGGUGCAGGGAGAGUCGGUCUAGCGAGUGCAAUUGACCCUGAAAUCGGGAUCCAGAAGGCUGUCUCCGCAGCACUACAGUCAGAUGUGACUAUCCUGUGCGUUGGGAUGACAAGAGACCAAGAAUCCGAGGGCUUUGACAGGCCUCACAUGGAUCUUCCCGGAUCACUUCCUCGGCUUGCCUCGGCUGUCUUAGCUGCCGCUCCAGACACUAUCGUUGUCACGCAGAGCGGCACUCCAUUUGGCAUGCUCUGGGCUGAAAGUGCAAAGACUCACGUACAUGCUUGGCUGGCUGGGAACGAGACUGGAAAUGGCCUUGCUGAUGUCUUGUUCGGCGCAACAUGCCCUAGUGGAAAGCUCCCACUUUCAUUUCCACGCCGCAUACAAGACACGCCCACAUUUCUGAACUUUGGUAGCGAGAGGGGGCGUGUUAUAUAUGGGGAAGAUAUCUAUGUUGGGUACCGGUAUUACGAAAAGGUCGAUCGCGACGUCCUGUAUCCUUUUGGCUACGGUCUAUCUUACACCACAUUUACCUACGGCAACCUGCGCGUCACAGCCUCGCACGUGAACUUCGAGAUCACCAACUCUGGUUCCGUGGCUGGUGCAGAGGUAUCUCAGCUUUACAUCGCUGCCGACGAGACUACGUCUUCUAUCCAGAGGCCUAAAAAAGAGCUCAAGGGCUUCAAGAAAACAUACCUGCAGCCUGGUGAAACCAAGAGAGUAGAAAUUCCUCUUGAUAGAUUCACUACGUCAUUCUGGGAUGAGGAACUACACUGUUGGGUGAGCGAGAGAGGCAUGGCCAACAACAUCGAAUCAAGCUCACAGGAUACCCUCCCUCCAACAUCAACAAUGACACAAAGGAACGAACCUGAGAGCUCGCCUCAAAAUCUCAGUCAUUAUCUGGAUUCGGACGGCCCCAAUGAUCCUGAUAUGCCAUUGAAUUGGCCAAAGUCCAAAAAAUGGACUAAUAUCAUGAUAGUAUCUAUCCUGACAGUCUUAACCCCAUUUGCAUCCUCCAUGGUCGCACCAGCAAUCCAGCCCAUCAUGGACGAAAUGCACGAAACGAAUCCUAACAUAGGUUCCUUCAUGGUAUCAAUCUACCUCCUCGGCUACGCCUUCGGUCCCCUCUUCCUCGCCCCGCUCAGCGAGAUCUACGGCCGUCUCCACAUAUACCGCAUCUGCAUGGUCACUUUCCUACUUGCAAACAUCGCAUGCGCUCUAUCAAUCAACAUGCCUAUGCUUAUCAUCUUCCGUCUCCUGACCGGCUUGGCGGGUGCGUGUCCGUUGACCAUUGGACCUGCGAGCGUUGCAGACUGUUUCUCUCAGCAGGAGCGUGGUCGAGCUAUGGCUAUUUGGAAUAUGCCUGUCUUGCUGGGUCCGAGCCUUGGGCCUGCUGUUGGUGCGUAUGUCUCGCGGGGUCUGGGAUGGAGAUGGAACUUUUGGCUGCUUAUCAUAAUGACUGGAGCUGUGCUUGUUGUCUGCGCCUUCGUUCAAAAAGAGACUCACGCUCCAACGCUCGAGAGGAAGAAACUCAAGACGGUGCCAAUGGAGCGUGCCACUGAAGACUCAUCGCUCACCACGCCGCACAGACAGCUCAUUAUGAGAAGUCUGGCCCGCCCAUUGAAGAUGCUUUUCUUGUCCCCGAUUAUCUUCGGUCUCUCAUCCCUGACAGCUAUCGCCUACGGAACUCUAUACCUUUUAUUCACGACGGUCUCCGAAACCUUUAAAACAAAAUACGGUAUAGUCACCAACGUCGGCCUUAUAUAUCUUGGCUUCGGAUGCGGUCAGAUUGUCGGACUUGUACUCUUUGGCAUGGUCUCAGAUCCAAUUCUAAGAAGAAUGGCCCGAGGCGGCGAACUCAAACCCGAGUACCGUCUGCCCCUCAUGAUACCGUGCAGUGCGAUAAUUCCAGUCGGGCUUUUAGUAUACGGAUGGACAACAGAGUAUGGGGUUUUUUGGUUUGUACCUGUUAUUGGUACAUUCAUGAUUGGCUUUGGGAUGAUUACUGUGUUUACAUCUGUGAGCACUUACUUGGUUGACGCGUUCCCUACCUAUGCUGCUAGUGCUACAGCUGCAAAUACAGUGUUUAGAAGUAUCGGGGGUGCGCUUUUGCCUCUUGCUGGUCCAAAGAUGUUUGAUGCCAUCGGCCAGGGAUGGGGAAACACACUGCUUGCGGGUGUGUCGUUGGCUAUGAUCAGCAUGAUUGCUAUAUCCUACAAGUAUGGGGAACGCCUACGAACAAGGGCAAAGUAUCAGCUAGACUGA